AUGGUCUGCCCGUCUCGCAUGUUGCGCGCAGCCAUGGCCGCCCCAGCAGCAGCAGCAGCAGCAGCAUCAUCACCACCACCAGCAUCAUCAUCACCACCGGCAUCAUCAUCACCACCGGCAUCAUCUUCACCACCACCACCACCACACGCCCCCCUCCUGCUGGCCGGCAUCGACGCCCGCGCCAACGUGCACCUUGUCGUCGGCGCCAGCCCCCUCGCCUCGGCGCGCUGCGCGCAGUCCCUCGCCGCGGGCGCCCUGCCCGUGCUGGUUGCUCCCGCGCCGACCCCCCCCGCCGCCCUGCCCGCCGGGCUGGGCCCCCCCGUCGCCGCCGGCCGCGUGACGUGGCUCCCGCGCCCCUUUGCCGACGAGGACCUCCUCACCCUCGGCCGCGAGCAGGUCGGCCGCGUCGUCGACGCCGUCUUCGUCUGCUGCCCGGGCGGCCCGCGCGACCCGCUGGCCGCCCGCGUCGCCCGCCUGUGCCGCCGGCACCGCAUCCCCGUCAACGUCGCCGACGCGCCGCACCUGUGCACCCUCACCCUGCUGUCGACGCACGCCGACGGCCCGCUGCAGCGCGACGACGACGACGACGACGACGGCGGCCUGCACCCGGAGCGGCACCCGGAACGGCACCCGCACCCGCACCCGCACCCGCACCCGCACCCGCACCCGCACCCGGACCUCGACCUCGACCUCGACGACUCGCUCGACCAGCGCGCCUCCUUCAACGCGCUCGUCGGGGACCGCGGGGACCACGUGCGCGCCCGCCGCGCGCGGUGGCUGGGCCAGGUGUGCGAGUACUGGCCGCUCAAGAGGCUGGCCCGCAUCGACGACGCCGACGUCGACCGACUCCUCGCCGCCUACCCGGGCCGCUCGCCCUCGUCUUCUCCGCCGCCGCCGCCGCCAUCCCCCUCCCCCCCCAAGCUGGGCAGGGUCGUCCUCGCCGGCUCCGGCCCCGGCCACCCCGACCUGCUCACCACCGCCACCCUCAGAGCCAUCCAGACGGCCCACCUCGUCCUCGCCGACAAGCUCGUCCCCUCGGGCGUCCUGGACCUGGUCCCGCGGCGCAUCCCCGUCCAGAUCGCCCGCAAGUUCCCCGGAAACGCCGACCAGGCCCAGCAGGAGCUCCUCGAGACCGCCCUCCGAGCCGUCCGGUCCGGCAAAACCGUCCUCCGCCUCAAGCAGGGCGACCCCUUCAUCUACGGCCGCGGCGGCGAGGAGGUCGCCUUCUUCACGCAGCGCGGCCUGGCGUCGCGCGUCACCGUCCUCCCGGGCGUCACCAGCGCCCUCAGCGCCAGCCUCUUCGCCGGCAUCCCCGCCACCCAGCGAGACGUGGCCGACCAGGUGCUCAUCUGCACGGGCACCGGCAAAAAGGGGAAGCCACCCGCGCCGCCCGACUACGUGCCCAGCCAAACCGUCGUGUUCCUCAUGGCGCUGCAUCGCAUAGGCGGCCUGGUGGCGGAGCUGACUGCCCAUACCACCACCACCACCACCCCCGGUCGCCGCGACGACGAUGACGACGACGACGACGACGACAGCCCAGCCGACGCUUCCGCUUCCGCUCCCCCCCCGGUAGAGCCGCGCAGCCACCAGAAACGCAGCCUGUUCCCCCUCGAAACCCCCUGCGCCGUCAUUGAACGCGCCAGCUGCCCCGAUCAGAGAGUGAUACGUACCACGCUGCAGCAUGUCGCCGAGGCCGUCGAGUCGGAAGGCAGCCGACCGCCGGGCCUGUUGGUCGUCGGCCGCGCAUGCGAAGCGCUUUACGAAAAAGAGGCGGGCCGAGCAUGGGUCGUCCAAGAGGGGUUCAGGGGCUUGGACGCUGAUGCUGAGGACGACAACUGCAUGGUUGCAUUGCAGGCCGCCAUGGACAACGUCGACGUCGGCGACACCUGA